ACCUACUCCGUAUGCACCUUCCUGCGCAUUCAUUUGGCUCAGGCACCAGCCAUUCCAUUUUCCUCGAUAAUCACAUCAACCAUCAUCGCACUUCCAGUUGACUUCCCUCAGUACACCAUCACCAGGCUGUUGCCAGCACACGACUCCCUCGAAACCUCCAAUCUGGUCACUCACCAUGUUCCUCACUCGUCUAUCCCUUCUCCUCGCUCUUCCCGCAGCCAUCCGUGCGAUCGUCGUCUACCCCGAGGCACAGAUAUUUCAGGAUGCCCUACGACAGCCAGCCCAGCUAGCGCCUGUGAAUCCUCGACUUGGUGUAAAGCAUGUACUCCCUCCUCAUCGCCCCUGUCAACAUAAUCAAGAGUCAGUGAAGCUUUCGCCCAAACUUGCAAGGCCCGCAGAUGAUCAAGAGGAGGGGGACGAAGAGGUCUUGCGUUCAAAAUACAUCACCUAUCCCCAGAUUCUCGAGGAGGACUUGCAAGACUCGUGGAUAAAAAUCACAAAACUACCGCCCAAACAGCUAGCGCCCAAGUUCGCGACACCAUCGAGGAAGGCCACUGACACUCUUGACGACGACGACGAUGAAGAUAAUCCGCUUCCAGUGGUCAUCUGGCAUGGUCUUGGUGACACGGCCGAUGCCGCAGGCCUCAAAGAUGUCGCCGAUCUGAUCGGAGACAUACACCCGGGAACAUACACAUACAUCAUUUCUGUGGUUGGUACAGGCGGAUCAGGUGACCGCCAGGCCUCUUUCUUCGGCAACGUUACCGAACAAUUAGACCGUGUCUGCCAUGCCUUGCACCAAGACCAGAUCCUCAGCACUGCUCCCGCCAUUGAUGCAGUCGGCUUCAGUCAAGGAGGCCAGUUCCUCCGCGCUUAUAUCCAACGCUGCGGCAGUUGGGCCCCCAAAGUUCGCUCACUCAUCACCUUUGGUAGUCAACAUAAUGGUGUCUCCGAAUUCCAGAAAUGUGCUGGCCCAACAGACUGGGUGUGCCAGGGCGCCAAUGCCCUUUUGAAGAGCAGCUCCGUCUGGUCCGACUUUGUUCAAUCAAGACUGGUUCCAGCCCAAUAUUAUCGCGAUCCCAACGACUUUGACAAUUACCUUGCCCAUUCCAAUUUCCUUGCUGAUAUUAACAACGAACGAGAUGUCAAGAAUGCCUCAUACGCGGAGAAUUUGUCUCAACUAGAAAAGUUCAUCAUGGUGGUCUUCAAUGACGAUCGCACCGUCAUUCCCAAAGAGAGCGGUUGGUUCGCCGAAGUCAAUGUCACAUCAUCGACUGUUACUCCACUAAGAGAGCGACCUAUUUACAAGGAAGAUUGGAUUGGGUUAAAGAAGCUUGAUGAAAAGGGAGCUUUGGAGUUUGUCACCGUCCAAGGCGAACACAUGCAACUGGCCGACAAGGACUUGAAGAAGUUGUUUGGUGAGUACUUUGGAACUGCUGGCAAGAAGUUUGAAAAGUCAAAGACAGACGACGAGAAUGAAUGGAAGGUAGAUUUGUAGGACAAGAUUCUGAUAUUUCGAGGCGGUCGUCCUUGCCAGUGAUGGCUCCAUAGUGUAUAGGCCCAGCUUUGUUUGCAGCGGGCUGCAAGAAGUCGGGCGUAAGCAAGGACAGAUAUUUUGCUAUGUACCUCAAAUAUUAACUAAUACAGAAAUCCAUAAGAAACCAGUCUCUUGAACUGAUA